UUGGAAGCACUUUAACUGUGUUUUAUGCUGGAAUGGGAUCUCCAACAAAGCAUACAACACCACGCAGAACCAACAUUCGUUCCCCAGGUCAGGAACAUGACUCCCCACUUCCUCCAAUCCAGGAGCGUCUGGCGUAUCUCCGUCCUUCCAGAGAGCUGCUAGAGUUCUACAGACAGAAGAUCGCCCAGUAUGACGGCGAACACGAGGAGCUGCUCCAGAUGCUGGAGAAGUACAGAGGCGUCACAGAGGACCAGCACAAACUACAGUGGGACAUACGACAGCGUGAAGGAGAGAUUGCAGAGCUUCAAAGUGCCCUGAGUGACAUGCAGGUCUUUCUUUUUCAAGAGCGAGAGCAGUCACUGCGACUUUAUGCAGAAAAUGACAGAUUAAAGAUCAGAGAGCUUGAGGACAGGAAGAAGAUCCAACACCUUCUUGCACUUGUUGGGCCUGAUGCAGGAGAGGUCACAUAUUUUCACCAGGAGCCGCCUCACAAGGUCACUAUUACUCAAAGGCAGCCUGAGUCCAGAUUUGAGGAGAGUCUCAGACCAACAAAAUUAAGACCGUCUGCGACCACAAAAGAGGUCAGCAAAAGAACAAAAUCAGCAGGUGGUUUCAAUAACGAAAGCUUGGAACGAUACAAGAAUGAAAACCAGACAUUGUUGCUGCAGGUGGAGGCGCUGCAGGCUCAAAUGGAGGAACAGACUCGUUUGGCCAAAGAGCAGGUAGAAGCUCUGCUUGAGGAUCGGAGGAUCAAAACAGAAGAGGCUCAGGCUCAACAACAGAGAGACCAGGAACGCAUUAAAGCUCUCACUGAAAAGCUCCAGCAAACUCAAAACUUGUUGCAUGAGAGCACCAGAGACUUCCUACAACUAAAAUUCAACGCUCGGGCUCAUGAGAAAAGCUGGAUGGUGGAAAAGGAUCGACUGCUGAGGGAGUUGGACUCCUGCCACAACCGGCUGAGAAAAGCUGGGUCCAGCAGCGCUGAGAUAGGGAAAACAUGGCAGCCCAGCAGCAGGACAGCCCUUCUCCUCCCUCGGCCACAGCCAGGGUUAGAGCAGGAACACAAGGAGCAGCUAAAGGUGGUUCACGAGGACUUGAAGCAAGCUCACCAUCUGGCAGAGAUGUACAGAGAGCAGUGCAUUACUCUGGAGACUGAACUGUCCCAGAUCAGGGAGGAAGGAGACGUCGGCAGGGAGAUAUUCAAGGAGCGUUCAGACAAGAUGGCCAAGCGUCUCCAGCUGAUGACGCAGCGCUACGAGGCUUUGGAGAAGAGGAGAAGCAUGGAGGUGGAGGGCUUCAAGACAGACCUGAAACACCUCCGACAAAAGCUCAAAGAUGUAGAGAAACAACUUCUAAAGGUAACCUUGAAUAUUGGCCCAAACCAGGACUUGGCCAUUCUGCAUGAAGUCAGACAGACCAGUUCCAGGACCAAAAAGGUUCAGAGUGAGCUGAUGGCGCUGAAGGCUAAAAUCUAUGGACUUGAAAAUGAGCUUCGAUUUAGCUGA